GAGGCGGGCGGCAGUAACAGCACGGCUCAGAAGCCCUGAGCUCCGAACUGAGUAGUGGGGGGAAAAACCCAAAAGCAGAGAAAGCAGCUCGGUUGCUAAAACGCCUUGAGCGCCACCGACGAAUUCUCUGUGGUUUUGUGACUUUGGUCUAACUGCAGCUGAACCAUGGAGACCAUGCAGGAACUGAUCCCCUUUGCCAAAGAGAUGCUGAGCCAGAAGCCAAAUGGGAAGAUGGUCAAAAUGUACAUGCUGGGAAGCGUGCUGGCUUUUGCUGGGGUGGUUAUUGGCCUGGUGGAGACUGUAUGCAGCCCUUUCACCUCUGAGGGAAAGCUGGAGGAAGAGGAGGCCACGGCUGCAGAGGAAGAGAAAAAGAAAAAACCUGCUUCCUUGACACAAGAGGCCGCUGUUUUCCCCAAACAGGAUGAGGUUAUCUUGGAAAAGAGCAAGCAGGCUGUGGCCCUGAGGAAUUUGGUGAACAGACAGCAUGCAUCAUAAGACCAUCCAAAGAAAUCAUAAAGACUGUCUUGACUGAGUGAGGACGUUGGGCCUGCAGAGCAUAAACACAUGCAAGCCUGCUUUGUGAAAGUGCAGAUGUCAGGAGACUAGAACACAGCCCUGUGAGGAGAGACUGCACCCUUAAAAGGACUCUGAACAAGACUCCUAUUUUGCUGCUAUGCAGCAGUCAGACACAGUGUCUGAAAUCUAUGUACCUGUUCUGAUGGUAUGAAUAAUAUGUGAAGCUUGUAGCAUCUUGUACUUCCCCAUGUGGGGUUAUUUUUUAUGAUGAAUUUACAUGCAUUUUACACUACAUUUUAAAUAAAAUAUUUUAUACCUAUUA